AUGGAACGUAAAACGAUAUUCGCCAGUGGUAAUCUGGAAUGCGCUAGGGAUACAGGUACACACAUUCUGGAGCUUUGUGGAGCUUGUUUGUUGGCGGUGCAAGGCGCAACAGGUAGUCAACGUACUGUACUCUUACUGUACUCGUACCACACUGACACUUAUUAUGGCCAGUCGUUGGUGAUGGCACCUUCGAUUGUCUAUCGGAGCCGCAUAAAUCUCCGUCCAUCACCACACUGUACAGCUCACCCAGGUACAACUGUUUCAGCAACCAGGAACCCCCUGUUGAUCGACGGCCGAUGCGUGGAUCCUGUCGGGAACACAACCCACAAUGAACAUCAACACAAUGGCGUGCAUCACAUGAUGGCACACACCCCCGAUAGACACCAGCGGUGCUUGUUCCUUAGCCCGUCCGCAGCCCAGGCUACUUGUACAUUCUGGAUACUCCUUACUGUACCUCCUGUCAGGCACCAAACAGGCCUACAGUCAACCUCGAGGAUGGAGAGAAUCCACACUGCCCAUCUGAAACAAUCUAUGGCUGAGGCUCUAACACCUCCCACAAUCAAGACUGUUUAG